CAACGCCUACUGCCGGGCGAGCCGGGCAGGCAUCGAUCGGGCUCCUCUGCGCUAAGUGCAGUCCCAACAAGCGCUUCCUUUUAAUCAUUUACUUCAAGGGCUUUGCUUCUGUUUUCUCGCCAUCCACUUCCGAUAAAAUCAGUUAAGGCAGGCUCUUUUGGAGAGAUCAGAUUUAUCGGUUAAUAGUUGAGGAUCCUGUACUUUAUUUCUAAAUACACUUGAAAAUAUUUUUCUAAUGGUUAAAAAUUAAACCCAGAUCUAACAGCUGACAUUCAAAAGAAUCCCAGCCAGAGGAAUUUGUCUAGGAAGAGAAAUAAAAUUUCAUCAUGCGAAUGCUCCCAAUUUGCUUGGUUUUCUUGUGUCUCUUUUGUCUUUGUGGAUCAGAGGUUAAACCUGCCCAGCCAGCUAAGCAAGACAACUACCUCAUAGAAGAAUGCUUGGGCAACAAAUACACCCACAAGUCCUGUAAGAAAGUUUUUUGUCAGCCAUGGGAACGAUGUGUGGAGGGAAGGUGCCUGUGCAAGCUCCCCUACCAGUGCCCAAAGAACGGCUCUGCAGUUUGCUCUAGCGGCGGGAAGAACUUCCGUACCUACUGUCAGCUGAAGAGCUACGAGUGCCAGCAGCCCAAAGCAAAGUUUCUGCACAGGGGAACGUGCAAGCCUGAAGAAACAUUUUCAGUCUCUCUGGGUCAUGGAGAUUCAAGUUUGCUUCGAGUAAAACCCAUGAAUCACAAGGAGGACAGUUUUGUGUGUGCUAGUGAAUGGACUAUGAAUGAAGCAAACGUGGCUUGCAGGCACCUUGGCUUUGAAUUAGGUGCUGAAUAUUACCAAGUCACUUCCAGCAUCACAGAAUCUGCCUUAAAUUCAUUAAACUGUCUGCAAAUAAGUUGCAGGGGCCUAGAGACAAGUCUUGCUGAAUGUCACAUAGAGAUGAAAUCAAGAGAUAGUAAUGAGGGACUGGUUAGCCUGCAGUGCCAUGAAAAUCUCAGAGUUUGUUCAGAUGGGGAGUUUCACUGUGUCAACAAGAAGUGCAUUUCUCUGAAUAAAACCUGUGAUGGGAUCAAUGACUGUGGAGACCUGAGUGAUGAACUGUGCUGUAGAGAGUGCAGAGAAAACAGCUUCCACUGCCGGUCAAACAUCUGUAUUCCAAAUAAGAGUGUCUGCAACAAAGAAAUUGACUGCCUCACAGGAGAGGACGAAGCUGGAGCUAUCUGUGCAGGCAAAGAAGAAGAUGCUGAAAAUAACAGUAUGGAUAAAGAAAGAAAAAUGAUAAAGACACUUCUUCCCCAAGUGCACUGCGGUGUUAGGAAUCACACACUAACUCGACGGAAAAGAAUUGUAGGUGGAGAGAUUGCUGGAAAGGGUGAAUUUCCUUGGCAAGUGGCAAUUAAAGACACCAGCAAUGAAGGUUCCACAGUGUACUGUGGAGGGGUUUAUAUUGGUGGCUGUUGGGUUCUGACUGCUGCUCACUGUGUCAGGGCAAAUCGGGUCCAUCUCUACCUUGUCUGGGUUGGAAUGUUGAACACAAUAGCGUAUGACAAAGAGACAAAUACUUACAAACUAAACCAAGUGAUAAUUCAUGAAAACUACAAUGCAUCAACGUAUGAAAAUGACAUUGCUCUGCUGGAGCUGAAAGGUUCUGGGCUCGGAGAAUGCUCCCUGGAAGAGACCAGCACACCUGCCUGUGUGCCCUGGUCAGAGUAUAUGUUUAAGACUGGUGACAGAUGCAAGAUUUCUGGAUGGGGACUAGAGAAAGGUUACACAAAACAAUUUAUCCUCAAGUGGGGAAAUGUUAAUUUAUUUCACAAUUGUUCUGAAUUGUAUCCAGGACGAUUUUUUAAAAAAAUGGCAUGUGCAGGUACUUAUGAUGGCUCCACAGACAGCUGCAAAGGUGAUUCAGGAGGGCCCCUGGUGUGCUUUGAUGCAGAAGACGUGGCCUAUGUGUGGGGCAUUGUGAGCUGGGGUGAGAACUGUGGCGAGGCUGGUCACCCUGGCGUGUACACACAGGUUGCCAGCUACUAUGACUGGAUUAGCCACCAUGUAUCAAGGGGGCUCAUUUCACGGUACAAUAUCUGAAGCUCAGAAAAUUCAAUGCUUCCUUCAUAUCACCUAUGCAAAAAUAGUCCUUUUCCACAAUCAGCUGUCACACAACUUAGCAACAAUCAGUACAAAUCUUCAAGGAAUGUAUUUUGAAAAUUCUUAACACUCUCUGAAUAUCGCAUUUUUGCAGAGCCUGUGGGAAGAGAAUUUUACAGGCACAAGUCCACUGCAAAGGUCUCUAAUAAAAGCAGAUAUUAAAAUA